CGCCGCUCGCCGAGCCGCCGCGGCUGUGGGGCUCGGGCCGGGGGUCGCGCUCAGGGUUCUCUCGCGCGGGGCCUCGCGCCGUCCGGCGCACGCCGCCCCCCUGCCUCGCGGCGCGGGGUCUCGCGGGCCCCGCUCCCGCCCUCCGCUCGCCUGGCCCGGACCGGAAGCGGCGCCGCACGGCCUGGGCCUGGCGCGGGGGGCGGGCACCGGGGCCCGGGCGGACAUGGGCAAGAAGCACAAGAAGCACAAGUCGGACAAACACCUCUACGAGGAGUAUGUGGAGAAGCCCCUGAAGCUGGUGCUCAAGGUGGGCGGGAACGAGGUCACCGAGCUCUCCACGGGCAGCUCGGGCCACGACGACAAGAACGAGCACGACAAGCACAAGGACCGCAAGCGGAAAAAGAGGAAGAAAGGAGAGAAGCAGGUCCCCGGCGAGGAGAAGGGGCGGAAGCGGCGGCGGGUGAAGGAGGACAGAAGGAGGCGAGAUCGCGACCGUGUGGAGAAUGAGGCAGAAAAAGAUCUCCAGUGUCAGGGCCCUGUGCGAUUAGACCUGCCUCCGGAGAAACCUCUCGCAAGCUCUUUAACCAAACAAGAAGAAGUAGAACAGACACCCCUUCAAGAAGCUUUGAAUCAAUUGAUGAGACAAUUGCAAAGGAAAGACCCAAGUGCUUUCUUUUCAUUUCCUGUGACUGAUUUUAUUGCUCCCGGCUACUCCAUGAUCAUUAAACACCCAAUGGAUUUUAGUACCAUGAAAGAAAAGAUCAAGAACAAUGACUACCAGUCCAUAGAAGAACUGAAGGAUAACUUCAAGCUAAUGUGUACUAACGCUAUGAUUUACAACAAACCAGAGACCAUUUAUUAUAAAGCUGCAAAGAAGCUGUUGCACUCAGGAAUGAAAAUUCUUAGCCAGGAGAGAAUUCAAAGCCUGAAACAGAGCAUUGACUUCAUGGCAGACUUGCAGAAAAGUCGAAAGCAGAAAGAUAGAGCAGACACCUCUCAGAGCGGGGAAGACAGCUGUGGCUGGCCCAGAGAGAGGGAGGACUCUGGGGACCCUGAAGCAGCCGCCUUCAGGAGUCCCAACAAAGAAAAUAAAAGGAAAGACAAGGAUACGCUUGACGACAGGUGUAAAAGCAGUACCUUAGAGAGAGAGCAGGAGCAGAUCGACCGCAUCGUGAAGGACUCCGGAGGGAAGCUCACCCGGCGGCUUGUGAAUAGUCAGUGUGAGUUUGAAAGGAGGAAACCAGAUGGGACAACCACCUUGGGACUCCUGCAUCCUGUGGAUCCCAUCGUAGGAGAGCCAGGCUACUGCCCUGUGAGACUGGGAAUGACAACGGGAAGGCUGCAGUCCGGAGUGAAUACUCUGCAAGGGUUUAAGGAAGAUAAGAGGAACAAAGUGACUCCAGUACUGUACUUGAAUUACGGACCCUACAGUUCUUACGCUCCACAUUAUGAUUCCACAUUUGCAAAUAUCAGCAAAGAUGAUUCUGAUUUAAUCUAUUCAACAUAUGGCGAAGACUCUGACCUUCCAAGUGACUUCAGCAUCCAUGAGUUUUUGGCCACAUGCCCAGAUUAUUCGUAUGUUAUGGCAGACAGUUUACUGGAUGUGUUAACAAAAGGAGGACACUCUCGAAGCCUGCGAGGCCUGGAGUCGACAUCACCUGAGGAUGAAGACCAGUCUAGAACACUUGACACAGCAAAAGAAACGGAGCAGAUUGCAGAAAUCGAGCCAGUGGGGCAUUUAGAUGCCGGUAACCAGGACAGACUCACAGCACUGAAAGCAGUGACAAACUUCGGUCCUCCCAUCGAAGUGUUCGACUCUGAAGAAGCCGAAGUGUUCCAGAAGAAGCUUGACGAAACCACCAAGUUGCUCAGAGAGCUGCAGGAAGCCCAGAACGAGCGUCUGAGCGCCAGACCCCCUCCCAACAUGAUCUGUCUCCUGGGCCCCUCGUACAGGGAGAUGCAUCUCGCUGAACAAGUAACCAAUAAUCUUAAAGAGCUCGCACAGCAAGUGACCCCGGGUGAUAUUGUCAGCACAUACGGAGUUCGGAAAGCAAUGGGGAUUUCUGUCCCCUCCCCUGUCACAGAAAGCAACUUGGUAGAUUUAACAGAAGAUUUGGAAGACCCUAGAAAAACGACAGUGGCUGAGUGUGGACCCGACGGGCUGUGAGCGGCUGGGAUCGGAGUAGAAGCUGUGUACAUAUUUUUUCACUCUGAACCUGCCGAUGCUUUUCAGAAGAUAUUAAAUAUUUAUAAAUUGUGUUUUUAAUUAAACCUUGGAACAAUUAAUUUUAAUGUUCCAGAGAUUGGACUUCCAUUAUUAGGUAAUAAAGCUGAAUCUCAAUGA